AUGACGAAGUGCAUUAAGAUUAAACUCAUUAUCCAGUCAAGUCUUGGAAUGAAGUGGUCAACUUUAGUUGCCUGCUUAAUUGUGUGCCUGUUGGAUCUUAAGGUUUCCGAUGGGAUUUCCUCGGUUCCUUGUUCCCAAGCAGCCUUAAGUCUACAAGACAGUUCUCUGAAAGCGGACCAGCCUCCAAUUUUUCCCUCUUCAUUAGCCCCCCUGUUAACAACUUUGUGUUCAUCGUCAACCCUCAACGGUCUACCCCCUUCAGCGAUCGUGUCAAUUGUUAACACGCUGUCAGCAACGCCCGAGCUUUUCAAAACAUUGCCACCUCCUACGCUCGUAGCACUAUUGAGUGCCGUCUCGUCAUCACCUACGGUUCUAAAUGAACUGUCACCAAUCUCUGUUCUCGUUUUGCUCGCCGCUGUCUCUUCAGCCACUCCUACAUCAAUUUCUUCUAUACCACGUGCCGUGCUAUUUCCGUUGUUGAAAACUUUGUCAUAUUCCGGUCUGCUGCCGCCACCUGGUUCCGUGCAGCCGAACACGGUUUUCACUCAACUACCACCCUUGCCUCCGCCGCCACCACAAAUAAUAGUACCCGGUCCUGCUUUAGGUCCAAUGUAUAUAAAUUUACCAAACAAAUCACCCAAACCCCCACCGAUAAUCAUACCGACUGGACCUCCGCCAUCUAUCGUUGUGUCCAUCCCCCAACCGUAUCCCGCACCGCCACCUUUAAUCAUGCCUUACGGCACUCCUGGUCCAAUAGUGAUUAAUGAAGGACAAAACACUAGUCCUCUAACCACCCAAACAGUAUUAUCUGCCCCCGAACCACCAAAAAUAUUUUUUACCACACAUCCAUCAAAAUCAUGUCUCAAUUCGAUCGAUGGAAGAACGUCACAACAGAACUAUUGUCAAUCACAGUUUGAAAUUCCAAAAGUUUAUGCCUUACCACCCGGUGUUUUGCCGAACCAAUAUUUUCAGAUUGAUAAAAAAAGAGCGUAA